CCCAUCACUACAACGCCAGAGUCCAUCUGUUUCCCCGAGCUUGCAUGCCCCUGCUCACUGGACAGAAUCUCUCGCCACGUCCUACUGGUGCAUUGAGAAGCAAUUGGAUCUCUGGCUGUGUUUGAACCCUAUCCCGAUCAGCCACCAGCCCCUGAAAGCACAAACCACCACCACCUCGUUCUCCAAUGGCGCGUCUAUGACCCACACAGAUCUGGGGUAUUGACCCGUGGGUUCCGUCCUCCUUCUUUCGUUCAUUGGACCAGCUCCGUUCCAGUCACACGCACCAAUACCCUCACGCGACAAUAAGGUGCAUACGCGGCUCCUACCGCUUCGCUCUCACCCAAGCCAACGAAGGACACGCUGCUCUUACCAGCGGUGAGAAUGCCCUGCCGGCUACAAUGGACGACCAUGACUCCGUACCCAGCACUCCGUCGAGGACAAGUCUUGAGGACGACGACCAUUCGGGUGACCGCCCGCUAUUAGCCAACACAGGAGUUGCCGGACAGAGUAUCCAAGUACGCGACUUCUCGCAACAUGGGAGUGCCAGACAGUUACCCUUGCGCCAUGAGUGGCAUGGCGACGGAGAUGGAGAAGAGAAUAGAAGGCUUGGUCAAGCUGCCUCGAAUCAUUCUCGUCUUGAGCACAACUUAACCGUACGAGAAGCCAUCAAAGCCUACCCGAUGGCCGUGUUCUGGUCGCUGGCAGUCAGCACUUGUGUCAUCAUGGAGGGUUUUGACAGCAUUCUGGUACCCAAUUUUUAUGCCUAUCCUACCUUUCAACGAAAAUAUGGCGAAUUCGUUGGGGUUACCGAGCAGACAAAGUCCGGGUAUCAGCUCAGUGCGACUUGGAUGGCUGCGAUUGGGACGGCCUCAGGCGUUGGAGCUGUCCUGGGCACAGUCUUGAACGGCUAUCUUGUCGACCGACUUGGCCAGAAACGAGUGCUCAUUGGUGCCCUAUGCGUCCUCUCUUGUCUCAUCUUCAUGACUUUCUUUGCCCCCAAUAUAGUGGUCCUUAUGAUCGGGCAAUUCCUAUGUGGUUUUCCCUGGGGGAUCUUUGCCACGGUCGCGCCAUCUUACUCGAGUGAAGUGCUCCCCAUGGCACUCCGGGCUUACCUGUCGAGUUUCACCAACAUGAGCUUCAUCAUCGGACAGAUAAUAUGUGCGAUCGUGUUGAGGAUCUUUCUGGAAAGGGACGAUGAAUGGGGAUUCCGCAUCCCUUUCGGUUUCCAGUGGAUAUGGCCAGCUUUCCUCAUUCCUCUGUUGUCGUUUGCGCCGGAAUCACCCUGGUAUCUCGUCCGAAAAGGGCGUCUCGAGGAUGCCGAGAAAUCACUCCGACGCCUUCAGUCCCGCUCAGCGAAGAUUGAUCCCAAAGACACGCUCGCGGAUAUCAUCCACACAAAUAACCUGGAACAAUCGUUGCAAAUCGGCACGUCCUACGUUGACUGCUUCCGUGGAUUCGAACUCCGACGCACCGAGAUCGCGUGCAUGUGUUUUGCGGGUCAAAACUUCUCCGGGCUCUCCUUCGGGUACAAUGCGACAUAUUUCUACGAACAGGUCGGCCUCAGUGCUGAAACAACGUACACGCUUAGUCUCUUCGGAACGGGGUUGGCGCUCCUCGCGACUUUGGCGAACUGGUUCCUCGUCAUGCCCUACUUUGGGCGGCGAAGAAUUUACACCACUUCGAUGCUGGUCAUGGCUCUCAUCCUUUAUGUCAUUGGCGUCUUGAAUGUCUGGACCUCGCAUGUUUUCAUCGCCUUCACGCAGGCCUUGUUAACCCUCGUCUGGACCAUAGUCUUCCAACUCUCAGUGGGGCAAUUGGGCUGGUCUAUUCCUGGAGAAGUCUCUUCCACUCGACUUCGGACCAAGACCAUAUGUCUCGCGCGCAACGCUUAUUACCUUGUCGGUUUCAUAGGAGGGGUGGUUCAACCGUACAUGAUGAACCCGCAGGCAUUGAAUUGGCGCGGCUAUACCGGGCUAUUUUGGGGCACAACAGCCAUUCUCACGUGGGUGUGGGCGUGGUACAGGCUGCCGGAGACGAAAGACAGAACGUACGAAGAGCUGGACAUCUUGUUUGCAAAGAGGAUCGACGCACGAGAGUUUGAAUCGACCAAUGUGCACACCCUGGACGAGAACGAGAUGCAGCAACUUACGAGGAAAGCGGGAACUGAUACACCAACCGGCGGAGAAAGUUCAGGAUGGGACAUUGUGGACGAACGCGAACGACUGACAAAUACUGACGAGGCUGGAGGCGCAAACUCUUCUGGAGGAGUAGGCGAUGACGAAGAGAGGCUGUUGUCGAGAAUCGAGCCUCUGGAGGGUGUCGAAGGGAAGGAGUAGUGCACAUUGAGCCUUCUGGUCUGAAUUACAAUCUAUCUGGACUCAUCAAGAUCUACACGCACAUAUUCCGUCCCACAGCAGGGAAAUACAAUCAGG